AGUGUACUAUGCAUGACUGCUGACUGAUUGCCAAUUCUAAAUCUGGCGCAAGCGCGCCGCCGUUUCGCUUCGUACAGCGCGAAAGCCUCCAUCUCCUAGCAUUCAUUCGUCGCUGACGAUGCCGCACGACUCAUCCCGCUCCAGCACGCAUCGCAACUCGUGGAUCACCAGUAGCACGCCGUCAGCCGACGCCAAGAAGCGCGCUUCAUUCAAAGUCUGGUCACGGCUCCUCGCUAACCUCACGGCCUACAUCACGGUCGCGAUCUCCUUGUCCUCGAGCGUAGUCGCUCUUGGCACUGGAGCAUUGAACCGACGGCUCCUCUUCUAUAGCGCGGCAAACGACGUCUAUCGCCCGCUCUCGCAGACGUGUCGUCUGACGUCGAGUGGGUUUGCCCCCAACUCGUGCUCGCGUGACGAGUGGAGCUUACUUGCGACGCCCGCUGCGUGGAUCGCAACCGGCAACCAGCUCGCACACCUCCUUGAUGUCCCGCCGGCAUCAACGCUCUACGUCACAACGUGCGUCGUCGGCUGCAAUGACAAGUCCUCUGCGUCGGUCCAGCUGCUCAUGGGCUACAACAGCUAUCCAGAAUGCAACCCAAAACACGGAGGUCAGCCCAUCGCUGGUCUUGUUCUCCUCGAAGGCGCUACUGUCGACGAAGUCUACCCCCAAGGCGCGUACCUUCUGACGGUUUUUGCAGACGCGUCAAUGAACCAAACGACCAUGUUUGUCGACAGCGACGACAUUGAAACGCGUGUCGUUGACAACGUCGCGCGAGUCCUCGUCGGUGUCGAUGGGAGCUCGCAGACGUAUGCGGAUGGCGCCAACGCCAUUUUGCGCUCGACGCCGCUCGGUGCGCACUACGGUAUCGAAGCGUCGUGCACGGCACAGAUCGCCGACGUAUCAACAAAGGUGCAAGGCCAGCCAGGCUGGAGCUAUGGUGAGCAUUCGAAAAUUGCUGUCGUCACGGGCAAGGCGUGUGGACAUUCGGUCGCGAAUGCGUUGGAGAUUGAGUUGCUGCUGGCGCUUGCGUUUGUCGUGACGCUUAUUGGGUGCUCGGCCGACAUCGUCACGACGAUCCAAGGAGUCCGUGGCGUCCUGCAGCAAAAGCCCGUGCUCACCUAUGACUUCAUCUCGAGCUUGGAGCGACGCCGUGGCCUCCUUGGCAUCGGCAUUUGCAAUGUGUACCCAGCGGCCAUCUAUCUCGACGUCGGUCGGCUCUAUGACCCGUCGUCAGCAUAUGGAAAGCUCGUGUGGUUUUGCGCUGCCAACGUCGUCGCCAUGCUCUUUGCGUGGGGUACAUUGUGGCUUAGCUUUUUCAUCUCGUCCAUUCCGAGUCCACGACCACUGCUACGCUAUCGGCUGAUGCCAAGAUCCGCCUCGGUGUUUCUCUACACGAGUCUUUUCGGCAUCUUCUUGGACGUACUUUCUCGGCACGAGAUAUUGUUCUCCAAUACAACCGCCUCUAACACGCUCACAUUGCACUUGGACGGGCAAGACUGUCCAUGCGGUGCGUAUGCUACCGCUUCGAUUCCGCCGGCAAUUCACAACGUACUGCCGGCCAUCUUGACUUGGCUUGCCGUCUCGUAUCUUGCGAGUGUGGUCUUCGGCGUCUGCAAACUGCGGUUCUUCCGAAACAAGUGGCUUCUCGACGCGAAAUGGACCAAAGACAACGUCUUUAUCAAGGUCUGCGGUGCUCCGCACUGGACGACAACGCUGCCGUUCGACACGGCUGACACGGUGCGCAUUGGGUAUCGACUCUUUUGCAAGCCCAACAUGGUAGCCCGCUUGGGCUUUGCAGCGUUCUCUGCCAAGCCAGCAGCCCAGCACGUGCUCGCAGAAGGCUGCGCGAAAAGUAGUGAUAUCGACGUGGUCUACCUCGUUAGCAUCUAUGACUUUUUUCCAGCGCUCAUCCCACCCCGCUGGCGAACGUACGCGCCCAAGAUCCUCGGAGAGAUCAAGAGGAACGACCUUCAACCGCCCAGUUCACGGCGUCUCGCGCCGUCCAAGCAGUAUAUCUCGACGCGAGGGUCGUGCGUCGGAUAAGCCGUCGGAUACAACAUAUCCGUUCC